AUGUCUUCAGGUCCAAGGCGCAAUACGGACACGGACCGGCGCGGCCUGCAAUACCACACGUCGCAGGGCGGCUACCCGGUGUCGGUCGCUGACGCGCAGUCGUCCUCGCGCGACCCGCGCCGCGGAGGACGCAGCGGGUACCCGGGCGAGUACCGCAACAGCGAAGGCCGAGGAGCCGACCAGCAUCAGAACUUUGACCCGCGCAUAACGCAGCGUAACCCCGCUGCCCAGGGGUACUACGAGACUCCAGUGCAUCCGCCGUCGUCGCCCACGCGUUUCGACCCUGACCGCCGCGCCGCCACCUUGCGGCAGGUAGAUCGCGCCCAGCCCGAGAACCUGCACCCCAACGACCGCCGCCGUGUAGCAGCGCAGGGCGGGCCCAACGACGCGGGCUCUCGCCGCGCCGUCUCGAGCGCCAACCGGGACGGCACCGGCACCGCUUCUCCCGUCGGCAUGAUGCGCCACCCGGAAGGCAACGCAAGAGGCUACGACCGCCUCCCCUACGAGCCGCUCGACCGCUCCGGCCGCGCUGAGCGGGACCGGUACAAUGACUACCGCGGCGGCAACACCGGCACCAGUGGUGGCAGUCAAAGCUGGCCGCCGCGCAGCGAGAGGUCGGAGGACUUGACCCGCUACGAGGAAAGGUACGAGAGACGCGGUGGUGGCGGCGGCGGUAGUGGCAGUGGUAGGCGUCGUUAAGGGGUAACCAUUUACUUACCAACAUCCUGUUGCCCUUCCGGGCGGGGUCCUUUGAGAGAUGGGAGGGCUGGGCUACUCUUGACUCCGGAUCAUGUUGGCGCUGGUUGCCGCAGUCGGAGCACUCUCUGUGCUUAGGUACCAAGCACUACUGCUAGUGCUGAAUAAUAGACUCGCU